AUGAGCCAGUUGACUGAACUUUCUCUUGAAUGUAACCAACUCGGUGAUGAAAGUGCUCAUAAAAUAAGUCAAUUUAAACAAUUAACUUCAUUAGGAGUUGAAAAUAAUGAAAUUGGUCCAACUGGUGCCAAAUCUAUUAGUACAAUGAAACAGUUGACCAGUCUCAAUAUUAAAAAUAACAGUGUUGGUGUAGAGGGAGCUCAUUCUAUUAGCAACAUGACAAGACUAACCCACCUUGAUAUCAGUCUUAAUAAUAUAGGAGAUGAAGGAGCCAAAAUUAUAUGUCAGUUGAAACAAUUAACCAACCUCAAUAUUUCGUAUAAUCAAAUCACAUCUAAUGGAAUGAUUCCAUUUAAAGAAAUGAAACAAUUGAUAAUUCUUAAUGUAGGUUCCAACAGGAUUGGAAAUGAAGGAAUCGAGAAUAUAAGUGGAUUGAGUCAAUUAACUGAACUUGAUAUUGGUGGUUGCGAUUUUGGAAAUGAAGGAGCCAAGUCAAUUAGCCAAUUGACCAAUUUAACAUGUCUCUAUUGUUGCAGUAAUAAUAUUAGAGAAGAAGGAGCAAAAUCAAUAAGUCAAUUGGAAAAAGUCACAUGUCUCAACCUUUGUGUGAAUUAUUUACAUGCAGAUGGUGCCAAACACAUUAGCCAAAUGAAACAAUUAACUCACCUCUAUAUGGAUAGUAAUGAAAUUGGAGAUGAUGGUGCUGAAGACCUUUGUGGAUUGGAAAAUUUGAAAGUUCUUUCUAUUAGAGGAAAUAAUAUUUCGUAUGAUAUGGUCCAGGCAAUUCAUGAAUUGGGAAAAUUCACUGUUGAAAGUGAAGGAAAUUUAUUUGAUGAGACAGAAUAUGCAGAUGAAUAUUGA